AUGUCAAGGAAACUACAGUACCAGCCCCUGGCUCAAAAGGACGACACCCACCCUCUCCGGUCCAUCCUCCACCCCUCCAGGACCGAGUACAUCCUCGCCCAAACUCCACCUGUCCCAACCUACCUCGACUUAAAACCCCUCCUCUCCAAGAGCCGUCAAUCCGAAACCAUCACAGCCCUCACUCUCUCCAACGUCCUCACCCCGCAAGAAUGCGACGCCAUGAUCCAAAGAACAGAAUCCCUCGGCUACGAUAUCGCACUCGUCAACGUCGGUGGCACAGGUGCUGGCGCAGGCGCAGGAGUUCAUAUGCCAGGUUACCGAGACGGGAAACGGUGUAUUGUGGAUGAUGUCCAGUUUGCAAAAGACGUCUGGGAGCGUGUAAAGGCGUAUAUUCCUCCGGUUUGGGAGGGGCGUCCGGUUGUGGGGAUGAAUGAGCGGUUGAGGUUCUUGAAGUACUUUCCCGGAGACCAAUUCGCGCCGCAUAUGGAUGGGGAGUACCGACGGACCGAUGGGUCCGGCGAUGUGACGAAAAUCACGAUCCAGUUUUAUCUUAACGGCGGGGAGAAGGAUGGGGAUGAUGGACUCCUGGGUGGGGAGACGAGUUUCUUGAGCGAACGGUCGUUUGGAAGACUGCCAGGUGCGGGCAGCAUGACGAAGGGGGAGGAAAAGGAAGUCGAGAGGAUUGCGGUGGCGUGUCGGACGGGCCAGGCGUUGAUUUUCCAGCAUGAUUUGAUCCAUGAGGGGAGUCGGGUUAUUGAAGGGGUCAAGUAUGUUGUUAGAGGGGAUAUCCUCUAUGGGCCUCGUCCUACUCCUCUUCGUUAG